UUGAUGAUCAAAAAAACAGCCCUAUUAUAGGAAAAAAUUUAUUGUCAUUGAUAACAAAGGCAAAUGAUAACUUGCCAGCUAAUGAACAAUUAACACACAAAGAAUUAUUUAGUCAGGUUAUGACAUUAAUCACAGCUGGACAUGAGACCAUUAGUAAUGCAAUAUCUCGGGCAAUAUACUUUCUCGCAAAAUAUCCUGAUACUCAGGAUCGUCUUCGUAAAGAAGUGUCUGAUAUAUUAACUGAUCGUAAUUAUUUUCCAACUGUUGAUGAGAUUGAACAUUUGAAAUAUUUAGAGUGUGUUUUUAAAGAAACUAUAAGGCUCAUUCCACCUAUACCUAUAAUCCGUCGUUGUACUUCAAAAGAUGAAAUAAUGAAUGGUUACUUUGUUCCGAAGGAUACUCCAUUAUGGAUUUCUAUCCACGCAAUACAUCAUGAUCCCUUAAUUUGGGGUGAUGAUGUUGAAGUUUUUAAUCCAUCCCGGUGGCUUGAUCCGGAAAUAAAUUCAAAAAUAACACAUUAUAAUUUCAUACCUUUUGGUGCUGGUCCAAGAUUUUGUUUAGGGAUGAAAUUGGCUCAUUUGGAAUUCAAAUCUAUCAUAUCUGUGAUUAUUAGAAAUCUUGAGUUUAGAUUAGUUGAAGAUUAUACUUAUGAAACGAAAACUAGUGAUGCUUCAUCUAAACCUACUUCUGGUAUUGAUUUAUGGGUUUCAAAU